UAGACAAAUUUCACCAGAUGAAUGGUAUCAAGUUUCAACUGUUAGCGAGCAACCAUCAAAUACAGUUUCAGCUUUAAUUACCUCUGAAGAAAUAGAUAGAAAAAUUCAAACUGCGAUUGCUUCAUUAGAGAAUCAAAAGAGUGAGUCUAACAAAAUACGCUCCAAUCUAAAUUUAUACUCGAAUAAUAUGGAUUACGAUCCUUCCUUUUUUCAGAAUCUUAAGAAUGUAAUGGAAGAUAUUUCUAAUCGCCUCUCUAACCACGAAGUAAUUGUCUCCAGCAAGGGGAAAAAGAAUAACUCUUCAAGUAGUGACGAUAUAGAUGCGAUUACAAAAGGUAUGGCAGAAUUAUCAUUAAAUCUGGUUAAAACUUCAAAAGUUAUCAAGAAAUCUCUACGCAGAUGUUCUAUUUGUAAUAAGGUGAGCCACACCUCCCAUACUUGUCCUAAAAAGAAAAAAAGUAAACGAAAAACCCGUGUUAACCAUAUCAAUAAAAAUGAUAGUUCAGACUCAGAGAAUGAUUCUUCUGGUAGUGAUUCUGGGUCAAGCUCAAGUUCUAAAGAAUCUGAAGUUGAAUCCGAUCAUAGUUUUGAUGUACACCUUUCUAAAUCAAAAAAAAAAGUGACCUGUAAGAAAAAUUUUGGCAAAUCAUCUUCAUUAAAACCCAAACAAUCCAAGGUUAAAAAAGAGGAAAUAAAAUUUUGGGUUUCCCCAUCCAAGUCUUGCAAGGAAAGCCAAAGCAAACAAACAAUUUUAGAACAAACCAUUCGUAAGAUUAUUCAAAGUGAACUUAAUGAAAUCAUACCCCCAUACCUGUUACAAAGCUUUAAACCUAAAUUUAGUUCCAUAAG